AUGGCAGAGGUUUCACCUGGGGUGGUGCCAAGUAUGGCUGGCCAGACCCUACAGCAGCCAUGGCCUCCACAGGCCUGGGAGCCACUGCUGCUGGCCUGGGAUGGCUGGCCUGCCCGCAGCGGCUUCCGGGGCACAGGGGGAGGCUUAGAACUGCAUGCCUUGAGCCCAGCCAGUCUCUACCCUCCACACUGUGGGCAGAGCUCCUACCCCAUCUGGGAGGACUUCAACUCCAAGGCCACAAAACUGCAUUCCCAGCUGAGGACUACUGUGCUGGCUGCGGUGGCUUUCUUGGAUGCCUUCCAGAAAGUGGCUGAUAUGGCCACCAACACCCGAGGGGCCACGAGGGACAUUGGUUCGGCACUCACGCGCAUGUGCAUGCGCCACCGCAGCAUCGAGACCAAGCUGCGGCAGUUCACCAACGCGCUGCUGGAGAGCCUCAUCAACCCGCUGCAGGAGCGCAUCGAGGACUGGAAGAAGUCGGCCAACCAACUGGACAAGGACCACGCGAAAGAAUACAAACGAGCCCGGCAUGAGAUCAAGAAGAAGUCGUCAGACACACUGAAGCUGCAGAAAAAAGCACGCAAAGAGCUACUUGGGAAAGGAGACCUGCAGCCCCAGCUGGACAGCGCCCUGCAGGAUGUCAAUGACAUGUACCUGCUGCUGGAGGAGACAGAGAAGCAGGCGGUGCGCCGGGCCCUGAUCGAGGAGCGUGGCCGUUUCUGCACCUUCAUCACCUUCCUGCAGCCCGUGGUGAACGGCGAGCUGACCAUGCUGGGAGAGAUCACCCACCUGCAGGGCAUCAUCGACGACCUGGUGGUGCUGACCGCAGAACCCCACAAGCUGCCUCCCGCCAGCGAGCAGGUGAUCAAAGACCUGAAGGGCUCGGAUUAUAGCUGGUCCUAUCAGACACCACCCUCGUCCCCCAGCAGCUCCAGCUCCCGGAAGUCCAGCAUGUGCAGUGCCCCCAGCAGCGGUAGCAGUGCCAAGGGUGGCGGAGCUCCAUGGCCUGGGGGUGCCCAAACAUACUCACCCAGUUCCACCUGUCGCUACCGCAGCCUGGCGCAGCCAGCCACCACCACCGCCCGCCUCUCCAGCGUCUCCUCCCACGACUCUGGCUUCAUCUCCCAGGAUGCCACCUACUCCAAGCCCCCCUCACCCAUGCCUUCAGACAUCACCAGCCAGAAGUCCUCCAGCUCUGCGUCAUCCGAGGCCUCCGAAACCUGCCAGUCCGUUAGCGAGUGCAGCUCCCCGACCUCGGACUGGUCCAAGGCUGGCCCCCACGAGCAGCCCUCGGGCACGACCUUGCAGCGGAGGAAGGACCGAGUAGAACUCCUCCGAGACACAGAGCCAGGCCCCACCAGUGGGAGCACCCUGGGUCCCAGUGGGGAGGAGGCACCACGACCUCGGAUGUCCCCUGCAACCAUCGCAGCCAAGCAUGGUGAGGAGGUGUCCCCGGCAGCCAGUGACCUGGCCAUGGUGCUGACCCGUGGCCUGAGCCUUGAGCACCAGAAGAGCAGCCGGGACUCGCUGCAGUACUCAAGCGGCUACAGCACUCAGACCACCACACCCUCAUGCUCCGAGGACACCAUCCCCUCCCAAGGCUCAGACUAUGACUGCUACUCUGUGAACGGGGAUGCAGACAGCGAGGGCCCGUCCGAGUUCGACAAGUCGUCCACCAUCCCACGCAACAGCAACAUCGCCCAGAACUACCGUCGCCUGAUCCAGACCAAGCGCCCAGCCUCCACCGCCGGGCUGCCCACUGCAGGGCUGCCUGCAGCCACCGGCCUGCCCUCUGGCGCACCCCCCGGCGUGGCCACCAUCCGCCGCACGCCCUCCACCAAGCCCACCGUGCGCCGCGCCCUGUCCAGUGCUGGCCCCAUCCCCAUCCGGCCACCCAUCGUCCCCGUGAAGACACCCACGGUGCCCGACUCCCCAGGCUAUGUGGGGCCCACACGGGCAGGCAGCGAGGAGUGUGUGUUCUACACUGACGAGGCCGCCUCACCCCUGGCGCCAGACCUGGCCAAGGCCUCCCCGAAGAGGCUCAGCCUGCCCAACACAGCCUGGGGCAGCUCGGCCCCCCCGGAGGCGGCCAGCUACCCCGGGGCAGGGGCAGGGGCUGGGCUGGCGGCCGAGGAUGACGAGGAGCAGCAGCAGCAGCAGUUGGCUGCCAACCGCCACAGCCUGGUGGAAAAGCUCGGGGAGCUGGUGGCUGGUGCCCACGCCCUGGGCGAGGGCCAAUUCCCCUUCCCCACUGCCCUGUCGGCCACCCCCACAGAGGAGACGCCCACCCCACCCCCUGCCGCCACCAGCGACCCACCUGCUGAAGACAUGCUGGUGGCCAUCCGGCGCGGGGUCCGGCUCCGCAGGACCAUCACCAACGACAGGUCGGCGCCCCGCAUCUUAUGA